AUAAGUAUAGUAAGUUUGACACAUAUGGUACCUGAUGGGUCCAAUGGCUGUUCCGGUAAAAACGUGUACACGGGGAUUUAAGAACUGUCGUUCUGGAGGGGACAUGGAUCUCACCCACCUAACGAGGAACUUCCGAGUUGGCUUGAGCUUGAACUUCGUUCCGAAGGGGAAGGGUGCCGAGACGGAGGCAUUUAGCUUCGUGCCUCAGCAAAACGCUGGGCAGCCUAAUGUGCUGCUGAACGCGGGGGACAACCAGAAUUUCGGGAACUCGCCUGAGAAUGCCAUGCCUGCUUUCAUGGCCCAAUUCUUGCAGCAGAGGGCGAACGCGUCGAUGUUUCAGCAGGUGGCUGGGGUGCUCAAUGAUCUGAAUGUGCUCGUUGUAGACCAUCCUAAGCUGGCGUCUCAACUGCUCCGCAAGGGAGCAAAAAGUUGGAGUGAGGAUCUCUCUCUUUUCCGGUUCGUUUUCAGCUGCGUCUCCACUGCUCGAAUUCCGCUCGUCGUUCCGCCAACCAGAGACAGCCGCCGUCGCCGAGCCGCCAGGAAGCCGCUGUCUCCGACCGUCGUCGCAUCCUUGUCCCCGUCGCGCAACAGACCGGCGGUCCACCAGGGGGUUGCAGCGGCGAGUUCCCCCUCCCCCAAUCCAGUUUCAAUUCUUCAAAUUCGAGUGGACGAUCAAACUGCUUCUUAGUUAAGGAGAAUGCUCAUUGGGUUUUAGAUCUCAUAUGAUGAACACCAUAUCAUUUCCAUUCAAGGUAUUAUAACAUUCUUGACUAGUUGAACCCCUGGUAAUUAAAUAUUUUAUUGUUCAGGUUAGUUAUAGGGAUCUGCAUGCGUAAUGAUCAUACUACUCAUGUGAUGACAAUUUUCCCACUGCAUAAAUCAUCAACUUCAUGAUAUCCUCAAUUUAUGUUAGGCAAGGUGCUCCAAAAUAGUCUAGGGUCUUUAAAGUAACCGCCACUCUACCUUUAUAGGUAUGGGUGAGUCUGCUUACAUCCAUCCCCCUUAGACCCCAUUCCUUGUCGUUGUCCAAGUGAGUCUAAAGAUGGCAAGCUGUUACUCUUUACAUGUAUCAGUUAACUAUUUUUCUUAAGAAGUUAAGAUGCAUAUUUCAUUGGUCCAGAGGUGCUAAAUACUAUGCUCAAAACACCAAUAGGUGUUCUAUAUUUUCACUGCAGUAGAAAUUUAACAUUUGUGAUUUCAAAAAAAAUAAAUAUAAAAAAGAAAUUUAACAUUUGUCAUGAUUCCUGAGUUCCUGGAAAUUGUUAAUUCUUGAAAACAAUAAGUAUUUUAUUUGUAACAUUAUUAGCAUGUGUAGGGGUAGGACUCUGGGAGGUGAUAAGAAGAUAUUAUUAGGGAUUUUUUUGAUAAUGGAUAUUCUAAGUUGAUACUUGAUAUCAAUAGAUAUAACAGUCUCUGAGCUCAACUUACAGCUAGUAAUCUAUAUUUAGUAGUUGCAUGAAAAUUAAUUAAAUUAUCACAAUUUAAGUGUUGAAAUAGACUUUCUAAUAAACACACUUAUAUAACCAACUUAAGGAUCAAAUUAAGAUAGGCUGAACAAGUGAGCUAACGCCGUGUAUAUAUAGGCCUCCAUAAUAUAUGGUGUUUGCUAUUUAUUGAAUGGAGAAAAUGAGAAAUGACACGGGUAAUUGGAGCAUAAGUCACGGCACACACUGCCAUGUUUAGGAGAGUUGUCUCUAGGACAUUCUUUCUUAACUCAAGGGUCUUUGUCUUCAUUGUGCUCUUUUUCCUAAUGUGGAGUUUGGACAGGAUUUUUUUAGGAAGCUUCACGUGGAGUUUAACAACGGGAGAUGAUAAAUAUAACAUAGAAAAUUCAAAUAUUAAAUUGAAGAAGAAAACAUCUUUUCGCAAAAGUCAAUGGAGAUUUUUCCAGAUGGUAUAAGAAUGGAUGGAUGAUAGCCGGAGGAUUUAUAUUCUACUAUUAACUUAUUAUCUUGAUAAAUUUAUUUAAUUAGUUUUUUUUGUUAUCAUUUUAUGAAGUAUACGAGCAAUCAAUUUUCCUUUUUUACGGUUGGAGUUUAUAAUUGGUGUUUUUUGUCAAGUAGUUGGAUAGUGAUGCAUUUUUUAGUUGUUAAUCUAUUUUUUUAUUCUUUUUUGAUAAUUGUUGUGCUAAUCUUUUGAUCCUAAUUUUAAGUUGUUAGACACUGAUGAACUUUUGUUCAAUUCUUCAAUUUAGGCUCAUCACUUUGAGCAAUGUUAUGUCUUAUUCCAUGUCAGCCUUUGUUGUGUUUGCAAUGUAUUACUUUGACAAUACAGGGUUCAUUUGGAAUCCACGUAGUGUUCAUUCUAAGACAUGGUAAGGUUGAUUUUCACACAUUUGUUUAUUAUAAACGUAGUAUUUAUUAUGAAACAACCUAGUACUCAUUCACAAUAGUGUUCAUUCUAAAAUAAGGUGGUGCUCAUUCU